CAAGAAAUGGAGGAAACUGACUGCGGGGUGGAUGCGCAGAGCGCACCCGGCGCACGUUAGCAUUUCCUGCGGCAUAUUAAGUUGUUUUCGUACUGUUCUUUUCUUUUCCUCACCACGUUAGCAUUUCCUGCAACAUAUUUUGUUUCUCCUCCUCCUCCUCUUCUCUCUCUCUGUCUCUGGAAACUUCUUUCUUUCUUUACUCAAAACCAACACACUGAAACCCUUGACUGCAAGCAAAAUCGAAAACGGCGUUUCUCUCGUUUCUAUGAUCAUCAACAUUUGAGGUUCUCAAAGAUUAUUGGAUGGGCUAAGAAACAAUGGUGGGGUUGGAAGAGACAAAUAUGGAAGAUGAUUAUUUUAACUGGGGUAAGAAAGGUGGAGUUGGGGAAGAGGAACGUGUCCAGUUCUACGAGUCAUUCACUUUGGAAGGCAUGGAAUACUCGCUUUAUGAUUGUGUGCAUCUUUACAGAAGUGGUUGUCGUGAGACCGAUAUCGGUAAGCUUGUGGAAAUAUAUGACACAGAGGACCAUGAAAAGAAGAUAAAGGUCGUGUGGUUUUUUCGUCCUUUGGAUAUACAUAACUUUUUGGGUGAUUGGAAACCAUGCCGGAACGAGAUACUUUUAGCUUCUGGUGUGGGUCAAGGCCUCUCCAAUGUCAAUCCUCUGGAAGCAAUAGUUCAAAAAUGCAAUGUUGUCUGCACAUUAAAGGAUGUGAGGAAUCCUCAGCCAUCUGAAGAAGAGUUGAGAAUGGCUAGUUACAUUUUCUCUCGUAAUUUUGAUGUAGGAAAGCGCCAAAUAUUGGAGAACUUUCCGGAUGAAAUAAGUGGAAUUAAAGAUCUUCAGGCUUCCCAAGUUCCAGACAAAUUUGAGAGACCCAGCUGGACCAUCAAAUGCGCCUUCCAAGUUAGAAUUGGACGAAGCCUCUCCAGUUAA